CUGACUUCUGUGUGAUAAAAAGAACACUAGCUAUUACCACAGCCGUAAAAUAUCAAUACCUACGUGAAACAAACUUAGAAAUAUAUUCAGUACGACUUCAAAUUCUAUUCGCUGAUAUGUAUGCAUUUAAACGGAACACCUGCAUGACAAAAUAUGUAGCUGCCAAGUAUCAACAACUUUGAGGUUGGACAUCAAGAUGAUGAUGGACGAUUGCAGUUACUGCAGUUGCAGCAUGACGGCGAUGGACAGCUACUGCAGCUGCGAUCGAUCGAUUAUUUACGUACUCGAUUUGGCGACUCCCCGGUUCGAGAUCGUUUUCGGCCAACCACCGCCGCCGGACUGCGGCAAACUGUUGUCGCAAAGGUCAAAACGCGUGUACAAAUCGAUGAUCGAGGUCGGAGAAACGGAAGUGCAGGUGAUGGUCGCCAAUGCCGAGGAUCGGAAAAGAUUUAUGGCCAGCACGGAAGCGUUGCAUCGCUCGCCGGCGGACCAUCGCUACGGGCAUGCCCCUCCAAUAGCCCAGGAGGACCAGAGCAGCGGCCGCAGUGAGGUACUUCCGCCAGCAGACCGAGAAUCCUGCGCAACCAAUGGUCCACAAGCUCAUCCCGACUUGCAGGCGACCGAUCUGCAAGCUCCUGAUUUACGGGCUACCGAUCUGCAAGCUUCCGACUUUUGCACUACCGAGUUGCAGGAGUACAAGUUCCAUGCAACCUAUGACCCACAUGUUGCGGCCAACUACUAUACUCCCGACUUUUUCGCUGUCAUCACGCCCAAUGCCAGUGACGACUUUGACGCGGUGGACUUGACAGGAGACGACUGCCACCGCCAGAGAUCCGUGGACUUGGGCGGAUGGGAAGAGCGUGCUCCUGCCGAUUCGGAGCAGUCUCGGUCUCCGGAAAACGGGAAUUGGGACUCCAGGGUACAGGCUCCAGAGGAUACCCCGAAGGAGGAGGGUUCGCUAUGGACGAGAUUCAAAAAGUACGUAAGUUGCGGUUUGUGCUGUCGACAACGGGAGAUAUAGAAGGGAAAAAUAAAAAAGUUCACCGAAAUUUAAAUACAAAUUAUAGGUAGGUAGGUAACUACCUAUUAACGGAAGCGCGUAUAAACCUGGAAUUUAUAAAUCUGGACCGUAUAAACCGGGACUGUACAUAUCUAGAAAGUACAAUUCUGGGCAGGACAAAUCUGAAAUAUAAAAUUUUGAAAUACGCAAAAAUCUGGACGGUGACCUAUUAGUGGUGGUGUUGCAUAUCAAGUCGAGGGAUAUUUUCGUUUUUUUCUGUCUGAGCGCAGAGGAUCAAGAGAGUGGCCACGCGGGUAUCACUGACUAGAUUUAUACAUUUCAUAUACCUAUGCGUACGGUCCAGGUUUUUACGUUCCAGUCGUUCCAGAUAUGUACAGCCCGGAUUUAUACGGUCCAGAUUUAUAAAUUCCAGGUUUAUACAAGGACCUCUGUUAACUUCCUGCAGGGAGGACCUUAACUACCAUUUUAUCACAUAAUCGGCAUUCUUUUACACAUAUUUUCAUAACGUAAUCCUUAAUAAUUUUCAGUUUAAAUCCCCUCGAGUCUCUGUAAAAAGGUGUGUUAUUUCAGCAGAACCAAUUGGUUACUGUAAAGUUGGUUACCACUUAUGAAUCGUUUUCCUCUCAGAAAAAACUUAAUAAUAGAAUAGUAAAAGUUAGUCGUUAGCAAAAAUGUAUGAAGAAGACCUGUGAUUAUGUGGAAAAGUAUAGUUUAUACCCUACAUGUAGUAGUGUAAAGUGGGUGUGGGUGUAUGGGUCUAAAGCUUUGACCAGACUAUAUAACUGAAAAAAAAACACUCGGGAUCCAAUUUCUAUGUUAUAUAAUUUAAUAUACACAUAUAAUCAUUUAUUAUAAGUAUUGGUACUAGCGAAAUGAGGCGAAUUUUCUACAAAAAUGGCGUUUGGAGAUAAAUUUAGUUGGUAUAUAGUAGCCCUUCGAUGGCAUAAUUUUAGAUUCGUCUAGAGUGACUGAAUUAAGUUAACUACAAUACUAAACGAAGAGAACGGCUAAAACUUAGCUGAAAAAGUGAAAAAUAUUAAAUACAAGGCGAGACAAUUAAACGGCCGAUUUAAAAAUUAGAUUUUCUCGUUAGUAAUCUAAGAUAAGAACGAUUAUUAUUAAUUUUAAAACAACAUGCCAUUUAGUAAACAAUAGGCUUGAGAUGUCGAACAACUAAAAACAAAAUCCGAAAAGAAAACAAUGCACCUAUGAAAGUGAUAUGAGAGGUAGAAAACUCUCCCGAUUUUUAAGACUAGUUAAUUCUUCAGAGCCAUCAUUAUAUUUACCUGAAGGAAGUGUGUAAACUUUCCUGCGUAACUUAAAAACUAUACAUCACAAAAUUAUGGACUAUAAAGAUCAAAAUGUAUGAUGAAAUUGAUUUAAAUUAUUAUUUUGUCAUUAUUUUCUACAAUAAAACCAAUUGACUUUUUUAAAACGAAAUUCAUGUUUAGUUUAUAAAUUUUAAAAAUGUAUAAUAUGUCUAUAUAUUACUAUAUUGGUAAAUAUUAAAAUAUAAUGCACGAAUGAGGUUAUCACAAGACUGGGUGAGUUUAUAUGUAUUCAUCAGGUAGUAGGUACUUAAGUAGACUUGGAGAGUUUACAAUUGCUCAGUGUUAUGUUGUGUAGUGAAAAAUUUUCAAGGAAGGUUCAAUCAAAAUAUAUAACAUAAGAAAAGUAAAAACGACCGGUGGUUUUCUGAAAACUAAUACUGUCAUGAAGACAAAAAUUCCAAUAAUAACUGAUUUAUUAUUAUUUUGAAACGUAUAACUACGAUGUCAUAAAAUAAUAAAACCACACACUUAUAAAACUAUGGGACAUAAGUAUCAUUUACUGGUAUUUAAAAUAUUUAGUUAUAGUAAAGUUAAUAAAAUAUAUGUAUAUUUAGUAUAUACCUAGAGUGCAGAAUCCUAUAAACAACUGAGCUUAGUGAAAAAAAAAGUACAUUUUGGUGAACCUUAGAAAAGUUUGUAAGGUUGAAAAAAACAUCCAUACAGAGGUAGGGCACUAGAAAUACCUUUCAGGUGUCUAAGCCUCUUUAGUCUACUCCUAGCUAUGCACUCACGCCCACGUUUAAAGUUUUAAUCAAGAUUUACAAUGUAUUACCACCUUUAUUUGCAUACAAUUCACAUUUUGUAAGAAUUAAGUUAAACAUUCUAAUAAAAUCAUUGAGAUUGAGGUGACACAAAAUAACAAAUCGAUUAAUAUUGGUUAUAAAUGUUUUAUUACAAUUAAAGUACUUAAUGUUGUAUACAAAUUAUAUUUUUUUCUACACAAGUAGAAUUA